AUGAAGCUUAGCUGGCUUGCCGUGGCGGCGGCGCCUGUCGUUGCCGCCGUCAACAUGACGAUUACACAGAAGAAUGCCACCAUCGCGCCCAGCCCACUGCCGCCGCCGGGCUCCUCAUCGCAGGGCGAGGAGAUCGUCCGCCAGUUCAGCAAGAUCGACCGCACAACCAAAUGGAAGCUGGUCGAAGAGGUGCCCUUCGAGGGCGACCUCUUCGAGCCCGAAGGGAUUGUACGCAUGGGCGACAACCGCUACUUUGUCUCCGCCGGCGAAUAUACCGUGAGAACUCAGAAGUACAACCAGACCACCAACGGCACGGACAGGACUACCGGCGAAGGGUUCGGACACAUGAUUGUGUUUGACGGCAAGGGACGCCGCAUUGCCGAUGCCACCAUCUCGCGGCCGGGCUCGUCCGAGUAUCACAACGGCGGCAUCGACUACGAUGGAACCUACCUCUGGGCCACUCUCUCCCAGUACCGGCCCAACUCAACGGCGACGCUCGUGCGCAUGGACCCGGCGACCCUGGAGCCGGAGGAGGUGCUGCGCGUGCACGACCACCAAGGCGGCGCCGUGCACGACUGGUCCAGCGGCGUGGUGCUGACGCUCAACUGGGGCUCGCGCGAGGCCUCGCUCUGGGACCUCGGGGCGCGGUUCCCCGGGCCGCCGGCGUUCGCGGCCGCGCCCCGGGCCCGGGUGCGCAACCCGAGCCACUACACCGACUACCAGGACUGCAAGUACCUGGGCCACUCGCAGCGGUACGGCUUCCGCCCCGUGAUGCUCUGCGGCGGCAUCACGGGCAUCUACGACACGACGAUCGGCGGGCUCGCCGUGGUGGACAUGCUGACCAUGGCGCCGCUGAUGGAGGUGCCGCUGACCCUGACGUCGGCGCAGGGCAACCUGGUGACCAAGAACCCCGUCGACGUGGCCGUCGUCGGGGGCAGGCUGCGCUUCUUCUUCCUGCCCGACGAGCACAACUCGGCGCUGUACGUGUAUGAGCCGGUCAUCUAG